UCAUCAUACUUUCCGCCUUCUUGCUUCCCACCUGUAUUCGCCAGCACUAAAACCAUGCAUCAAUAAGGCGGCCAGGUCUUUUCUAUAUUAAGACAUAUUGCAUUGGAGCCACGUGUCUGUUUUAGUAAAUAAAGGCCUGAUGUAUGCAUUCCUAAUUGAAGCCACACGUUGUUUAUUGACUCUUGACAAAUGCCACUAAUUUAACUUAUUAUCGAAAGUGUCUUGUUAUUAACUGCCGCAGUAAAAUCCACCUACGCCAUGAGGAAGUUUACAGUUAGGGUGUGUGUAGCCAGGAUUAUUAGCUGGCGGGGCGAGAUGGGGAAAUUGGCAGUGCUUGGAUAUCAUAUGGCAAAAGUUAAGUAUUUGACAAUAUAAUGACCCAAUUUUUGGCAAGCGAGAGGACGGACCCACCACUCCCCUUACUACUUAUGUUAUCAGCGUUUACUACCAAGUGCGAAUGCAAGCUGAUUCGUCAACUUUAUAGUGGUAGCCUUAUGGCGUGCACUUGCGAGCAAUGGGUCAGAAAGAAGUUGGCGAAUCUAUUGCCUGUCUUACUUUGCAUGAGACAUGGAUAAUUUGGUUGCUUGUGUUGUUUAGUUCUUGUCGUUGUUGUUGUUUGCCUUCCGUGAAAAAAAGCAUUCUAAAAUGGCUUAUCGACAUUAGACAAACAUUUUGGUGGCAAUUCAAAUUUUCUGGCCCUUUAAUUAUGCAACUUUGCUAUACCUAAUCCCUUUGCAAAAUAUAAGAAGAUAAGGUUGACAAAUAAACUAGCAUUGGUUACCAAUUCCCGACGACCCUUUUGUACUUUAAGGAUCCUGUAAACCUUUGAAAAGAAUCAGAAGAAACUGGCGGAAAUACCCCACUAAUCCCUUCGAGAUACUCUGGCAGCUGUGUUUGUCCAGUGGGUGUUUUUGAAAGGCGCAAAAGUAAACAAAUAAUUCAUGUAUGAAAAGCAGGCGCGCCGUGCUAACAUGACAAGCGGGGGUAGACAAGCCGCUCUUGCGACUUAACACGCUAAUGAACACAGAGGGCACGUGGGACGGCGGUCACGUGACUUGGAAGGCGCUUAAGUGCCGCUUCGGUGGCUUGUCAGAGGGUCAUAACAGCCAAGCGUUGCUGUGCGUUGCAGGUCGACGAGUCAGCCUUCUAGCCGUCGUCGCUAGAACUGCUAUACCUUCAAGAUGAAAAUAAGUUGGGUCGCUAUCGGGCUGGCCCUGUGCACUGUGGUCCCAUCAUCGAACGCUAAACCCAAACGUAAAAUACUAAGCUCGAAACCUCAUGUUUCCCACGCGGAGAGCAGUCAAGAUUCAACAGCGCGGAACCUAGGGUCGAACCCCGCACCUGUGCGACUAUCAAACUUGGUCACAACAUCACCACGUAAACAAGCACCCAGACUAAAAGCCUUCCUCAAGACCUACUAUUAUAAGAAGAAACUCACUUUCAAGGAAAUACGGCGACUUUUUCGCAAGAAUGUACGGUCACUUAGCGAAAAGAGAAGACGAAAAGCUACGAGAAGAUUAAAGAAAGAAAUCGCUAAUCUGAAACGUCUUGAGAAGAAAUCCCGCAAAAAGUGUAAGACGAUGCGUGAUUGUGGAGAGAAUGAAUGUUGUCUUAGACGGUUCAAUAGAAAACACGGCUACUGCAAGAGACGACCAAAAUUAAGACAACAAUGCAAAAUGGCGCUUUUGCCAGGCUUGGACUCCGAAUGCCCGUGUCAGGGGGGUCUGACGUGUGAAUUACCCAAAAUACACAAGACAGACGUACUCCUGUCGGCAGAAAAACCGCGAUGUCAACGUAUCAAAUACACAGACACAGAAAUAGAACAACAAGCAAUUACUGGACUGGAAGAGUCAUAGUGCUAAUACUUUGUCUCAUGCCUUGUGCGUGCCUGACACGUGACUAGCACGUGGCUUUCACGUGCUCAGGGAACUAGCGCCAUCCGGAACCCCUCUCUUAGGAGGUGCUCUGGAAAACGACCGCGAAGGACUCUGGGUCUUCAAGCAAGCGUCUCAAGCACAUACAAGAUGAAUGAUCGAAUUAAAAUUGAAGAUGAUCGAAAGCAACUAGAGAGAGUUGGCAAUUAAUACGGAUAAAAGAUUCAUGUCUGUUUCACCCAGUUUAUCCAGGACAAUAGACAAUUCAAAGGCCAGAUAUUUGGUUUAGAAGAGAUGGUGGUAUAUAUUUGAAGAGACGUGGCCAGACAAUUGGCAUGGAAGAGUUUGUGCUAUAUUUCACAAUGACAAGCAAAGCAAUAGACUGGCUACGAAACAAGAUAGCCUUCAUUGCUUUGCACGCGAGAUGCAUGACGGAAUACCAUAUAUGGUAUGAUAGGUAUAGUUGUAGACUAAUUAGGGAAAGAUGCUAUUAUAUCAUGAACGCUGCAGUUUUUUUAAGUUUUGCUUAAAUUCUCGUUCCAAAAUCACCGAAAGUGAUAGAGAAUCCGGUUAAGGAAAAAUUCACAGCUCAGAACAAAGGAAACUUUCAAAGCUCUGCUGUAUUUUGAUUUUAUUACAGCUUUUCAAAUCCCCAAAAAUCCCAUGAACCCAGCUUGCGUGACACAUGUUAUCGUCGGCUUGUGUGACACAUGUUAUCAUGUAAACAAAAACAAACAAUAUUGACCAUUUUUUCCAUAAUCACAUCUCUAAAAGUAAGGUGAAGAUAUGGGGCAAUACAUGUUUGCUCGUAAAAAAAGACCCUGAGCCGCCCUGAGCCCGACUCGCGUGACUUCCGUGACUUGCGUGACGUGAUUUUCCUUGGCUGUAAAACACUAUGAAAACUUCGUCUUCGUUCUCGGUAUCAGAAUCUAAAGGUCUCUAUUGUCGCGUAAGUUGGACUAGACAAAAAGGCUUGCUGAAAUAUAUUUUGCUUAUACUUUUGCAUUUGGGGUUUGUGGCAUAGGGAACGAUGGUAAUCAAUCCGUCAUUUUUUUGUUCCAUUCUUUAUUAAGAAUGUUUGAUCUGAUAAUUACCACUAUGUGGUUGUUUAGUAAGGCUGAAAGGCGCUGUCUGGUAGGCUUUUUACCAUUAAAGUAAUUAUAAACACUGGUGGAGGGCAAAAUAAUUAUAUUUAUUAAAAACUCUGAUAUAAUCUAUAAGCUAGAAAAAAAUCUUUUAGUUCGAUUUACAUUACACCGACGUGUCGUGUUGUGUGUGUGUUGUUUGUCCGUCGCAACGACGAGGACCAUCGUGUUCAUUUUUACAUUUUCACCGUCAUCCUGAGCGGGACUAAGGACGCUUGUGGGUGCGCAGAUGGCUAAUAAGGCCAAUCUGUGCACGGAAAAGCCUGGGGCACUGAGGGCAUGGUAUUGUUGCAGCUUUGGGAUCUUGAGACUUUCUGGCGGCUCUACGCUCCUCUGCGGCAGCUGUCCAAUUUGCCUCGCAUGCCGCAGCACCGUUGCGAAUGACACGGCGCCAACCUUGACGGUUUUGUGCCAGAAGCUCCCACGAGGUGUGAUCGAUGUUGAAUGCUUUCAGCGAGAGUUUUAGGGUGUCUUUAAAUCUCUUCUUCUGGCCACCUUUGCAGCGUUUUCCGUGCUGAAGCUCACCAAACAGAAGUUUCUUAGGAAGCCGUUCAUCAGGCAUACGAGCUACGUGCCCCGCCCAGCGAAGCUGAGACUGUUUCAGGAUGGUGUGAAUGCUGGGCAGACCUGCACGUGCAAGGACCUCAGUAUCCGGGAUCUUUUCUUGCCAGCGAACAUUGAGAAUUUUCCUCAGACAGGUAGUGUGGAAAUGGUUAAGCUUCAUCGCAUGGCGCUUGUAGAUAGUCCAGGUUUCAGACCCGUAAAGUAGCGUAGGCAGCACAACGGCACGAUACACUUUGAUCUUUGUAUCUGUUCUUAUCCCUCUCCUUUUCCAAACGUUCUUACGAAGCCUUCCAAAUGCGGCGCUUGCUAUGGCGAGUCUGUUGGUAACUUCGUCAUCGAGGACAACGUUUCUGGAGAGAGUACUGCCAAGGUAGAUAAAUUUGUCAACAGCAUUGAGUUUUUGACCAUUGAUGAUGAUGUUAGGUUCAGUGUAGGGCUUUCCAGGCGCUGGCUGAUGCAUAGCCUCCGUCUUUUUGGUGUUUAUUUUGAGGCCGAAGUUGUUACAGGCACUAGAAAACAGAUCUACGCUGUGUUGCAGGUCUGCUUGAGAGGUAGCAUUGAGGGCACGACGUGUCGUAACGACAUAGUAUCGAACGUUUCAUUUUUGCUUAACUUGCUGCGUCACACAAAAAUCGUUUUGAUUAAUGCGCAAAGUGUUUGGUUGAGAGCAAAUGUGACGUUUGAUGCUACUAGCAAUAUAUGAGAGUUGUAGUUUACUACGCCCUUGAACAAUGGGAGUCUUAAAAAAUAAAUCAAUGAAACAUU